AUGUCUUACAACAACGACAACACCGAUUCCUACGGAGACAAUGACAGCUACGGCUCGUCCAACACUCGCAAGGGUAACACCAGCUCUGGCUUUGGCUCCAACGAUGACAACUACGGUUCGUCUGGAAACAACCGCUCUGGUGGCGACUCCUAUGGUUCGUCCGGUAACAGCUCCAGCCGUCGCAACAACGACGACGACAGCUAUGGUACCACUGGUAGCUCUGGCUACGGCAAGGACAACACCUCCAGCAGCUAUGACAACACAUCUAGCCGCACUGGAGGCAACGAUUCCUACGGCUCUUCUGGCAACAGCUCUAGCCGUCGCAACAACAACGAUGAUGACGACUCCUACGGCUCUUCCGGCCGUACUGGUGGUAGUGACUCUUACGGCUCCAGCAACACCACCAGCCGCCGUACCAACAACAACGACGACUCCUCCUAUGGCUCCUCUGGUCGCACUGGCGGUACCGAUUCUUACGGCUCUUCUGGCCGUACUGGCGGUUCUGACUCCUACGGCUCCUCUGGAAACAACACUUCCAGCCGCCGCAACAACGAUGAUGAUGACUCUUUCGGUUCAUCUGGACGUACUGGAGGAAAUGAUUCAUACGGUUCCAGCAACACUACUAGCCGCCGUAACAACAACGACGACGAUGAUUCUUUUGGAUCUUCCAACCGCACUGGCGGUAACAACAGCAGCUCUUAUGGCUCUUCUGGCAACUCUCGCAACAACAAUGAUGACUCGUACGGUUCCUCUGGCCGCACUGGUGGCAGUGAUUCCUACGGCUCUGGCAACUCUAGCAGCCGCCGUAACAAUGAUGAUGACGAUUCUUACGGCUCGUCGAACCGCUCUGGAGGCAACAACAACAGCAGCUCGUACGGAUCCUCGGGCAACAACAACAGUUCCUAUGGAUCUUCUGGCAACAACAACAGCAGUUCGUACGGAGCUUCCAACGAUGAUAGCAACGACUACUAA